AAAAAUCAAUCCACAGAGCCACAGAGAAGAGUGUGACAAAACAUCGAUUCAAGAAUUGAGAAGAACCACCGCCGAUUUUUAUGUAGAAGAUGAUCUAAUUCUGAUUCUUUAAUUCCAAAAAAAUCUCUUCUUUUUCUAAUUGGGAUCGCUUUGUUACUUUGUGAUUCCAUUUUCCUCGACGGGGAAAACCAAACCGGAAUCUGUAUCGUCGUCGUCACCUUCCUCUACUCUUCUUCUGGUCUUGUCUCUAUUGUAACUGUUGGUUCUCAAUUCCCUUUGUAUGUUUAUUGAGAGGGAACGUUGUACAGUCCAACUUCUAUAUCAGUUGCAUCACUGAGAAGUCGAUUUGAUUUCUCGAGCUUCUCCUUACGUGACGUUUAGUAGAGGAGAGAAUAAAGUAGGAGAAUCCCAAUGGACUGUAAUAAAGAAGAGGCUAUAAGGGCUAGAGAGAUUGCAAAGAAGAAGUUCUUAGGGAAUGAUUUAUCGGGGGCUCGGAAAUUCGCGAUGAAGGCUCAGUUUCUGUAUCCUUAUCUUGAUGGGAUUGAUCAAAUGGUGGCAACAUUUGAUGUUCAUUUAUCUGCUCAGAAUAUAAUAUUUGGUGAGAAAGACUACUAUGGUGUACUUGGUCUGAACCCCGAGGCUGAUUACGAAACAGUGAGGAAGCGUUACAAAAAGUUGGCGGUAUUGCUUCAUCCUGACAGGAACAAGUCCAUUGGAGCAGAGGAAGCCUUUAAGUUUCUUUCUCAGGCUUGGGGUGUGUUCUCUGACGAUGCAAAGAGAGCUGACUAUGACCUGAAGAGGAAUAUGGGAUUGCAUGAGGGAAGAAAGGCUUCUUCGUCGUCAAGGCCUGCAACCAAUGGAUUUCAGAAAGUUACGAAAGCUAGCGGUAACACAACAAAGGUUAAGAGUUCGAAGAGAGGUAUUAAACGGGCAAGUGAUGCAGUUGCUGCUAAAGGAAUUAACCGGGCUAGUGAUGGCGUUGCUGCUAGAGGUAUUAAUCGGGCCAGUGAUGCUGUUGCUGCUAGAGGAAUUAAUCGAGCAAGUGAUGCUGUUGCUGCUAGAGGUAUUAAUCGAGGAGGUGAUGCCGUUGCUGCUAGAGGUAUUAAUAGAGCAAGUGAGGCCGUUGCUGCUAGAGGUAUUAACCGGGCAAGUGAUGCUGUUGCUGCUGCUGCUGCUACUUCUACUUCAGCUCAGAAAACAACUGGUGAUGGGACCUUUUGGACUGUAUGCCGUACUUGCAGAACACAGUAUGAAUAUCAUCGUGUUUAUCUAAAUCAAAACCUCCUGUGCCCCAACUGUCGUAAGCCGUUUAUAGCUGUGGAAACAGAUCCUCCAGGUUCAGGUUCGAUUCGCAAGACCUUUCACGAGCAUCAGUUUGACUCUCUCCGUCACACAACGGAUGGAAGGAAGAAAAAUGUAUCUGGAAAAGACAGCAAUGGGGUGUAUGGUGAAUAUGAUUCCUUUGAGUGGGGUGUGUCCACUGGAACCAAAAAUGCUGCACAGACCGGGUCACGAAAAGAGGAGGUUGUGCGUAGAGAGUAUAACAAAAGGGCGGCUGGUGUUUCAUCGACAAUUCCUCCAAAAAGAAGAAAGGUUAUGGAAAAUGCAGUUGCUGGUACCAACAUUGCAAGUUCUCCCAAGCCCACUGGUGUAAAAGAAGUAUCUGAGGAUGAGCUGAAGAACUUACUGAAGAAUAAAGCUAAGUCAGUACUCCGUAGAAACCUGCAAGAAUUACGCACCAACGCUGUUGAAACUGACUCAAAAGAAAGGGAAAUGGAAACUGAGGACCUCAAUGGUUUCAAUGCAGAUUCUUCAGUAAACAAAAAUUCAAUUGAAUCAAGCUCUAUGGGCUCUAUUAUGGAUUCCCUGGGAGCCUUGACAAUAGAGGUUCCUGAUCCAGAUUUCCGUGACUUUGACAAGGACCGAACUGAAAGGUCAUUUAGGGAUGACCAGAUAUGGGCUACUUACGAUUCUCUUGAAGGUAUGCCUCGAUCAUAUGUCGUGAUAAAUAAUGUUAUCUCUGUAGAUCCAUUCAAGGUACGUAUGAGUUGGCUUACUUCAGUAGCAAAUGGUGAGCUUAACUCAACAAAUUGGCUUGGUUCUGGUGUACCAAAAAGUUGUGGAGAGUUUAGAGUUGGGAAAACUCAAAUCAGCAAGUCACCUUACAUUUUCUCACACAAAGUAAACCUGGUCAAAGGGAAUAAUGGAGAAUUCCUUAUAUAUCCUAGAACAGGCGAGGUAUGGGCUCUGUAUCAGAAAUGGUCACCUGAAUGGAACUAUCUUACGGGAUCCGAAACAGUUGAGUACGAGUUAGUUGAAGUAGUCGAAGGAUAUACAAAGGAACACGGUGUGUCAGUGGUUCCUUUGGUUAAAGUUGCUGGUUUCAAAGCUGUGUUUCGCCAUCAUUUGGAUCCCAAAAAAGCCAGAAGGAUCCAUAGGAAUGAAAUUUCAAGAUUCUCUCACAAGAUACCCUCGAAGUUGCUGACAGGUCGAGAAGCAUCCGGUGCGCCCAGAGGUUGCAGACAGCUUGACCCGGCAGCAACACCAUCACAGCAUCUUCAGGUUAUUGAUGAUCAUCAGUAAAGAUGUAAAGGAUUCAACCUUUUUGUAUCUUGUUAAUGUAAUUUGCGUAAACUUGAACCGAAUGUUUUGUUCUAACUAUGGUAACAUAGAAUCUAGCUAGAAGAGCCUACAGUUUUUUCA